UAGGGUUUAUGUGAGGAAGAAUUGCAAUGCGGGCAGCGAUUCUCCUCGGUGAGUGCCCGUGAGCUGCGAAUAUGAGCCCCGGCAUCGUCAGGAAGAUCGUGGAGAAUAUGGAGUCCGGCAUUGCGUGCUAUGGACUCCUCAAGCACGAAUUCGCAGGAGCAAGGCUCUUCGUCGGGCGAAUUGUUCCUUCUUCGUGUUCGUGCUGUUCUUCCAGGUGUUUUAUCGUCAAGCCUCAUCCUCGUUACUUGUCAAGGACAUCGUUGCGAGACAUCAAGCUCCAGUUCUUGCGCUCUAGAUUUUCAACGUGGGCAUCCUCGAGUCCCGAUCAAGCUUUACGUGAGGAGGAAGAGAUCGGGAGCUCCGAGAUCGAAACCUCCACAUCCAAAGUCUCCAAAGAUCUUGGAGAAAGCGUAAGAUUUCAAACUGACAAUGGGAUGGAGCUAAAGGUUUCUUCGAGCGUCUUGGAGCGAACAGGCCUGGAGCAAAGUGGGGCAUCGUCACAGGAAAGUGAGGUACUGCUACGGAGCAAAGAAGAGAUUUUGGCUAGCAGCACAAGUGACAGCAGCAUUACUUCAGAAAUUCCUGCUCCAAAGAUGACGAUCAUCGUUUUCGACCUCGAGACAACAGGUUUUAGAGCUGCUGGUGAUCGCAUUAUAGAGUUUGCAGCUCGUGAUCUUGCUGGGGGUGAUCGCAGUACCAUUUCUGCUCUAGUGAAUCCCGGCCGGACUGUUCCUUACCUUAUAACAGCUGUUACAGGAAUAACGAAUCAGAUGGUGAACAAGCCUCAUGUUCCCAGCUGGAAAGAGGUUGGCCCGUCCAUUAUUCAGUUUGUAGAAAGCCGUCGAAAGGGUGAUGAGCCUGUUAUCCUUGUCGCGCACAACGGGAAGAGGUUUGACGUUCCAUUUCUUCUUAAAGAGUUUCAGAGUUGCGGGAUACAAGUUCCUGAGUGGUGGCUCUUUUUAGAUUCCAUGCCUCUGGCUCGGGAAACGAAGAAAAAAUUCGGAUAUAACUGGCGGUCUUUGAAACUUUCUGUUUUACAUGAAGCAUAUGGUCUGCAUUCCACAGAGCGUGCACAUCGCGCCAUGGCAGAUGUGAAUAUGCUUGCUUCGGUGCUGGAGGCAAUAGUAUCCGAACUUCAGCUUCCGGCCAGUGAGUUUUUAGAAAAGGCCUUCACCGCUGACGAAGUAUACGCCAGCUCCAAGCUUUUCCGAGAUAUGGAUAGAGGGGAGUUAGUGACGGAUUCAUCAGCUACACAGGAGCUGACAAAGGAGGAUAGGCUUAACGUUCCUUGGGAGGAUUUGGAACUGGAAAUCACGGUUGAUGAAGUGGAGGAAGAGAUGGUAUUAGAAGAAGAUGUGGAAGGGGUCAGGGUUGAGAUGGAGCAGCAGUCGAGCAGGACAUUUCUGGAUACCGGAUCUGUGGAUUCUACAGUUUUGAGCCCUGCUCUUGCGAACUAUGUCGAGGCAAAAAGAAAGAGACCAAGCUUUAUUCACCUCUUAAAAGCUGGUGACUUUUACGAGGCUCUUUUUGAAGAUGCAAUCUCUUUGUCUAGAACGUGCAAGAUUCGGCAAAGCACAGUCGAAGAUGGCGAGAUCGAAGUUCCAGUUACGAGGUUUCCAGCGUGUAAAUUUUAUGUGUAUACAAAAAUUUUGUUCGAUAGAGGAAUAAGCGUUGUAAAGGUUGGUGAUGAGGUCCAAGAAUCUAUCUGCGUUUUGACGCCAGGAAUGCUUCUCGAUGAAGGGAUUAUAGACGAGACACAUAAUAAUUAUUUGGUCGCAGUUAACGUGUCCGCUGAUUCUUCUUGGGGGCUAGCAUUUUGUGAUUUAGCGACCGGAGAUUUUUGUGCUACACAAUCUGAAGGUUUGGCCGCUUUGAUGGACGAGCUGGGUCGACUAAAACCAAGAGAGGCCAUAUUUAACUCGCAAGCGAUUAGACCAUAUUUAGAAGAAGUAUGCGUAGUAGCACGCGAUUCGUCAGAGUUUUCUCCCAUUUCAAAUGAUACUCUUUUACUUCCAUACAUCGGAGAAAAAACUGUCGAUGCAAUUCAGCAGUGGUCUUUAACUGACUCUGCGGCCAGGGCCUUACUAAGAUACGUUCAGCAAAUACAAGCGUUUGCACUUGACGAGCUUUCCCUUCGGCAAUUACUUUUGUAUAAAACCGAAGAUUAUCUUCGUCUUGAUGAAGGCGUAAGAAGCUACUUAGAGCUAGUCGAAGGUAAAAGAACUGAGACCGCGUCCCUUCUUUGGGCAAUGGACGAAACUAAAACUAGUAUGGGUACUCGUUUACUGAGGCAAUGGAUGUUACACCCUUUAAGAAGUCUUGAAUCGAUUCUUUUACGCCAAAAUGCCGUGGAGGUUCUCCUAAAAAAUAGUCCUGUUCGUGAAGCAUUGCGUUCCUGUCUCUCGACCAUGGUGGAUGUUGCCAACCUUUCGGGAAGUAUUGCACGACAGUCCACCCUUUCUUGGGACGAGCUUAUUGCUUUGGCAGACUCGCUGUUGAUGCUACCCAGGAUUUCUCAGAUACUUGAAGAAUUUCCAGGAAAUGAUUAUUUUUCGGCUGUUAUUCGCCAUCAAGCUUUUGCCGAGAAACUGGCCGAAGAGAUUCAGGUGGCAAGGAGUUCCGCAACUGAUGCUGACAUUGGUUUCGAAGCGAGCGAUACAAUCUCUGAGCGUUCGGACCUUGUGGAGAGUCUGAGAAAGAAAGUUACAGACUCGCUGCUGACGCUACAAGAAACGAGUAGUGCAUUGGCUGCACUGGACGUCCUUUGCAACUUCGCUGAAAUCGCUGCAGCAAGGGAUUUCAGCAAGCCAGAGCUAGUACCAGAUGGACGACAAAUCACUAUAGUGGAUGGUAGACAUCCACUGGUUGAAAUACGUAAAGACUUCCAGCCGACUUCGUGCUCGCUGGGCUACCAGCCGAGACGCGGUCGUUCGAAGAAGGUAGAAGACAGGCCCGACUUGCUCAUCGUCACCGGUCCCAGAGGCAGUGGCAAGACGUGCUACUUACAACAAGUAGCUCUCAUCCAGGUGCUGGCACAGAUCGGCAGCUUUGUACCGGCUAAAGAAGCUCGACUAUCCAUUGCGGACGGAAUCUACAGCGUCGACUGGCCCGAUGGAAGAAAGGUCCUGGACAAAGUCACAAGCAGUUCGCUCGUUCUUCUGGAUGACUUUCGGCUGAGAACUGGCUUCCAAGAGACCGAGGCAGCCUUGUUGAGAGCAGUGAUGGAGUACCUGGCAAACCACGUAAACGCAAGAGCUCUACUCGCCAUGGAAGACUACUACGAGAACUUUCACACCGAGCUUGCGAACGCUACAGCGUGUCACUUCUCUUCGUCGCAUGCAUUGUUUCCCGGCUUGGCUCCUCCGCCGGAUGGUUUCCAGAGCGGGGAUUAUCCGGAGUGGAUUCGCAGGAGGGCCGGCAAGCUUCUGGAGAAGAAUGCGCGCAGCAGCAGCUGUGGUGAGGAAGCUGGAAACGAGGAUGCGGAUCAAGGGACAAAUCUCUGGCACAAGAUCAUGAGCUUUACGAAAGUCAAGACGAAGAACUCGAGAGAUUCAAAGACGAAGGAGCCCGCUCAAGCUCCAGGAGAAGAUCUAGAGCAGCUAUGGCAGCAAGUGUCCACGGUGCUUCAAAGCUCUCCAGCAACCUUGGCUCUCGCGACACAAAAGGGAUCACUCGUGUCGAUCUCACAGACCUCGCAGCCGGCAAUCGUGACGAUAGGAUCGUCUCCUCUGUUCGUUAGAAAGUUCCAGCAGCACGAGCACGCCGCGGCUCUCGAGGCUGCGUUCGAGAGCUUGCUCAAUCGCCCAGUCAAACUCCAAAUUUUGGUCGAUGAUUAACUGUCAUUUUAGCUCUGGAUAGAUGGAAAGUUUGAUACGUGAAUAUAAGAAAAUCGGUCCAUACCAUGGAUUUCUUAA